ACCAAUGGCUUCUUUCUCGAACUGGGUCCUCUCCCUCAAGGUGGUGCUAUUCUCCACUGGCGUUAUGUCCUUGGCCGUGACUUUGAAGUUCUCUGUUCCUCUGGUCUCGGAUUUCAUCGUCUCCGAUGUUCCUAACAUUUGGAGCUUCUUCCUCACAUGGUUAAGGCCUCCUUACCUAUACAUUCUCGUCAACUGCAUAAUCAUCAGUAUCGCCGCCUCUUCCAAGUUCAUGAAUCACAAGCUCGAUGAUCAAGCUCGCUCGACAGAUCCACCGGUCGUUCUUCCAACCGAUCAAGUCAAAAUGGCCGGCGAGAUACGUCCGGAGUAUGCCGUCUACAACGUGGGCAACGAAGCGGUUUCUAAGGCGGACAUGAUCUCCAGCGAUUUACGGACCGACUACGCUGCCUUCAGCUGCGUCAUUUCGGAAGGUUACGUUCACGAUUGGAAAGUACAGGAGAUGGCUCCCGAGGUUCAGCAGGAAAGGAUUUCGAAUGGGGAGAAGACGAAGAUCAUAAAUGAAGAAAUCGCGAACGAAGAUUCCGUUCACGCGCCGAGCUCUGUAAUGACAAGCAUGCAGAGCAGGGACUUGUUGGCUUUCUCGUCUCUUAGUGACGACGAUAGAUCGCCAGUUUCCGCUAGGUUUGGCCACCGGAAGGCUGCCAAGGCUAGUCCCCAAGGUGGGAAAGCGGCGUUGGGAGUGGCGAGGCGGAAGCGGCAGGACACGCUGGAGAGUACGUGGAGGACGAUGACGGAGGGACGUGCUAUGCCGUUAACCAGGCACCUGAAGAAGUCCGACACGUGGGACUCAAACCACCACCGUAACGAUACGCCGCUAAGGGACCGAAACGGGUGUACCCCUCCGAAUUCGAAACUGAUGAAGAAGUCGGAGACGUUCAGCGAGCAAAGCCGAGCCUACAAGGAGAAUAACUCAUCGGCGAGUUCGUCGCCGGGAUCCGCGAAGAUGAGGAAAGAACCGUCGCUGAGUCAGGACGAGUUGAAUCGACGAGUAGAGGCUUUCAUCAGGAAGUUCAACGAGGAGAUGAGGUUACAGAGGCAGGAAUCGUUGAGGCAGUACCGCGAAAUGAUCAAUAGUGGGGCCCGUUGAGACGUUACCGUUGUGAUGUUUUUCCGAUCGUCUUUUUAUCCGAAAAAGAAACAAAAGAAGUCGCGCCUUGUCUUGUGACUCUUUGAUUUUGUUAUUUUCCCAAGUGAAGAAGCUACCAUUUUGGUAGGUUAUUAUUG